AUGGACUCUUUUACCAAUCCCUCUUUGGAAAAGGAUAUCGCGUUCGAUUUGGCCACACAGCCCGCUCUCCUAAAAACAAAUUGUGGUGCCGAAAACGUGCAUACGACUCGCGAACAAAAGAAAGCAAUUCCAUGCACUAGAAAGAAUGUCCCACCACUCAUGACACUUAUCGUACAUGGGUCUUCCCACCUGUGUACCUACCCAUCUGUACAAUCCUACCUGAAAUAUGCGAUCCUUGUAUGGUCCAAUGUUAUUGGACUUGUCAUUUGA